UGAUGUUUAAAAUACCUUGUGAGGAAGAGGAUGUGCACAAUUACCUAUUUGACAAUUAAAGUAGAGCAAUAUCAUUAUCCAAAAUGUUAUCAAAUAAACCAAUGAAAUUAACGAAAUUUUUAUAAUUCGAAUUUAAAGCUUAUAAGAAAAAAACAUAAUAAUAAAAAUAAGAAAACAUAAUUAAAAUGGCAAAAGGAGCAACAAAAGGAAAUAAAGGAGCAAAAAAGACAUCACCACCAAGUCAAAUAUUUUAUUUAUUGUAGAAGCUACUAAGAAUGUCAAGAAAGUUACUAAAAAACCAACUGAAACAACUCCAGCACCAGCCCCAGUGACAACUACUCCACCUGCCCCAACCACCGCAACACCAGUUGCUGCCACUACACCAAAAAAGCAAGCCAAGAAAGCAGGUGCAAAACCAAAGGCUGCUGGUUCUAAAAAGGCAACAACCAAGAAAAACACUAAGAAGGCCACCAAGAAAUAAGUUAAGAAAUGAUU